ACCGCGCGCCCGCCGUCCCGUUCCGUCCCCCCCCCAAUCCCCCCGGUGCCAACGGCGCCGGGAUCGGGAACGCCGCUCCCGGGCUGGGUAAACGCCCCCGAGCCGUGCUCGGUCCCGGCGUCCCGGGAGUGCGCUCCGCUGGGUGCGAGGCCGGGCAGGCAGCGGGAGACGCGAAAGCUGCGCCGGCGUCCCCGUUAUCCCCAGGGGCGGGCGGGAGGACGUCCCGUCCCGGCCGAACGAUAGCGCUGGCCGCCGGUGAGGCGGGGACGGGCGGUCCUGCGGGUGUUCCUGCCCAGCGCCACCGCUGCCGCCUCCGGGAAGAACUGCGGGUCCCGGGCCGCGCUCCCCGCCGGGGCACGGGGGGAUCCGCGGAGGCUUUUGCCAGGGCAGAGGGAAGGAAGGACCUUCUGCAGCCCUGUUAUUGCUGAUACGUGCUUGACAGCCUCAAGAGGUCCUGGCAAGAUGGCAUCUUCCAGACUUCCCAUCCUUAUAGCAUUGGCAUUUUCCUCUUUGCCCUUCGUUCUUUCACAUUCAAACAGGGAAAUGUGGUUUCAGGAGUUCUUUCCACCUAAUGUGUGCCCUAUAAAUGCCAAAGCAAACACUUUUUAUGGCAUCAUGUUUGAUGCAGGAAGCACUGGAACCCGUAUUCAUAUUUACACCUUUGUGCAGAAGAGCCCAGAAAACCUUCCAGAGGUGGAAGGGGAAAUCUUUGAGUCUGUGAAGCCAGGUCUGUCUGCAUAUGCUGAUCAGCCUGAAAAGGGUGCUGAAACUGUCAAAACAUUGCUGGACAUGGCUGUAGAUGCUGUGCCACCUCAUCUCUGGAAAAAGACCCCAGUGGUGUUAAAAGCCACAGCUGGACUUCGCUUGCUGUCAGAGGAGAAAGCUCAGGCUCUGCUUUCUGAGGUGAAAGAAGUCUUUGAGGAAUCACCAUUCCUGGUUCCAGAGGACAGUGUUGGCAUCAUGGACGGAUCUCAUGAAGGAAUUUUAGCUUGGAUCACUGUGAACUUUUUGACAGGGCAGCUGUCUGGCCAGAACCAGCAAACUGUUGGGAUUCUGGACUUGGGAGGAGCCUCAACCCAAAUCACAUUCCUGCCACGGUUUGAGGAAACUCUGAAGGAAACCCCUGAGGAUUUUCUUACCUCAUUUGAAAUGUUUAAUAGCACGUACAAGCUCUAUACCCACAGCUAUUUGGGGUUUGGAUUAAAAGCUGCAAGACUUGCAACGCUUGGAGCUUUGAACAUGGAAGUUGUGGAUGGACAAAUGUUCCGCAGUUCUUGUUUGCCAAAGCAGUUGGAGGCAGAGUGGCACUCCGGGGGAGUGAAAUAUCAGUAUGGUGGUAACAAAGAAGGAGAAACAGGAUUCAAGCCUUGCUACUUGGAAGUACUCAAGGUUGUCAAAGGGAAACUUCACCAACCAGAGGAGAUUCGUGGAAGUUCCUUCUAUGCUUUCUCCUAUUACUAUGAUCGAGCAGCUGACACCAACCUAAUUGAUUAUGAACGCGGAGGUGUUUUGGAAGUGAGAGAUUUUGAAAGAAAAGCCAAAGAAGUCUGUGAUAACAUGGAGAGGUACAACUCAGCCAGUCCUUUCCUCUGCAUGGAUCUCACUUACAUCGCUGCUUUAUUAAAGGAAGGUUUUGGAUUUAGGGACAACACAGUCUUAAAGUUGACGAAGAAAGUAAACAACAUAGAGACAAGCUGGACUUUGGGUGCUACCUUUUACCUGCUGCAGUCUCUGGGGAUGACAUAUUGACUUGUGAUACUGCUGUGGACUUCAGCAUUUCUGAAAAUGCUGAGAAAGUAAACUGCAAUCUCCAGGUAUGGUGUUCAGCUGGACUGGUCACAGAGCAGAACAUGGACCAAAAAUAUAUGACAGCUCUUUACCCUGGAUUGGCAUUGUGCCUAAUGAGAGUAUGAUUUAUAACUGUGAUUGCCAUAAAUGAUCCAGAAUCUGCCUUAAGAAAGUCAAAAGGUCUAAACUCCAGCAGAGAAUAAGCAAGGGGCUCAAAACCAGCUUUCACCAGCAAGUUUGUUAGAAGCACAGAGUUCCUGGAUGUGGUGGCAGACUACAGACACAUGAUUUCCCCUACCCCCUUCUAUUUUAAACAUGCAUAACUUCAGUUUGCUUGUGAGAUGUUAAAUACAGAAAUUAGGAAUAGCAUCAACAGUGAUGCAGAGAAAAGUGAACAACUCUGGAUGCUGCCAACCUCAGUGUUCCAAAAACCCAGCUGCUAGCUUAGCAAAUACAUGGCAAGAAUAUUCCAGUCUUUCACAGGUCUGCUGUAAGUAUACUUUGGGCAUGGUUUUAGGAAAGGUGCUGGCUAAAACAUAGUCAUUUACCAAGCAUUUUUUUGGGCAGUAGGCAUUUCCUAAGCAGAAUGUGUGCCUGUGUUUCAGUUUUGCUGCCCUUUCCAAGUCUGUGCAGCUACACCGUACAUCUGACUACCAGACUUGAUAAAUUUAUUCAUUCAGCAUGUAGUCAUAACACAUAGUUGUGCUGGCACAACGAGGCAGCAGUGCCAGCUAUUGAAACUCAACUGCCAGAAGAUGAGCUUGUCACAUUCCACCCACAAGGAGACUGCAGUCAGAUGAAAUGGCUGAUCUGACAGCUCACUUUGCUUUGAGAGCCAGUUCUGUUUCUCUGCUCUCAGCAAGGCACACCCACAGCCUUCUUCCCUCUGCUGCUGGUGCUCCUCGGGUUCUUGUAUGAACUGAUUCAGGACACCUGACCUGAGGUGGUGCUCACCCAAGAGUCAAGUCUGGUGCUAUCCCAAGGACAGCAGGCGGGUCACAGCCCAGCAAGGCCUGCUGGGCCAGCAAGAGGUCUGAGCGCCACAGUCCCUUUUGCUGGAGUGAGCUCUAAGGUGUGGCCUGCCAUUUGAAACCCAUCCAUUGCCCUAAGUAAAAACAGCUGUAGAAAUGUCUUCCACCCCAUGAAGUAAUUGGCAGCUUGCUACUGUCUUCACCUCUUCAAGGAAUGUGUAAGGUACAGGUGAAUUUACCCCAUCACAACAAAGAGGUGUUACUGUUGUGACUAAGGGAAACUUCUAGCCACUGAUAUCUUGUGAUGAACAUUUCCCUGGUGGACAGUUGCAGUUACCCAACUGUCCCAGUUGCUCUAAAACACCUUUCUGUCAAACCGAAGACUGCCCUCAUGCUGACUUCUCUGCAAAUUGGGUUUGAAAAUAAUUGGUAAUUUCCAGCAAGGGGAGGAAGUCAUGCACUCGUGUCUUCAGUGGUCUUGCCAAACAGUUUGGAGACUUAGAAACUUGCCUUACUGUGAACAUUAGUCCUUUUCCUCUAGUUAGCAGUGCAAGUUUGCCUGUGGCUGAUUAAGCUACUGCUUCUCAUGUCUCAGGUUUUACAGCAUGAGGGUACAAGGCAUGCUUUUGAUUGAACAAGUUCAGUCAGCAACAAGAAGCCAAGGGUUGUGGAUGGAGCCAUCCAUACUUGUCUCAUCACUGACACUUUGCCAUAAAUUCAGGCUGCUUUUUUGAAACAGGACAUGCUCAUCCUACAUGUGUGGUCCUUACCAGAAUCUGUUUGAGAUCCACAUUGAGAAAUUCCUGUGUCACACCAAAGUUCUGUUCCUUCCUCUCUAGAAGUUUCUGUUUGAACAUAAAGAAAGUAAUUGCAGCCUCUUCUCAACCAUAAACAUUUCCUACUGUUGGUAAAACUCGGUAUAGGGUUUGGUCUGCAGAACAAGGUGACUGCAAAUGCAUUCAUUAUGUCUUCAGUGAACACUUCUGUAUUCUCAGAAAACACAAAGCAGGAUGCAGUGGUUACUGCAGGCUGUGUUACCCUAAGAACAAGCUAAUUUAAUAAUCCAGAAAUCAUCUUUCAGUCUGAGCCAGUGCAAUGACAAACUCUUACUGGAUCUUGGGGCUAAGAGCUGGCAGCAGUGAGGCUGUGUUUUGAAGGUGGGAUGCUCCACCUAAGGGAGAAGCAGCAGUGUUAUCUGCCCCCUGAAAACACACAAGCCCUGAGGAGGGCUUGAGGGCUGGUUUUUGUCUGAAGCAAGGAGGGACUAGAAGAAGGGUACCAUGCAGAGGAAAUUGUUUUUUCUGCAUUCUUUUCCUCAGACUCUGGUACUACAAAUGCUAGGGGGUAGCAUCUGCUUCCCAGUACCAAAGUUGCAUUUAAUCUGAAUGCUCAGGGCCUUCAUUUGUCAGUGGCACAAUUUGUUAACUGAAGCAGAACUUCUACUCUCUCUUACUGGCAUGAUCCUUCAGUUAUGGGAGAAACAAAAACUCUGUUAAAAGGUUUAUUUUUGCAAGAAUUUGCAGAAUUGAACCCCUGCUGUUUACAUCUGAACCCAAGUGGGUGGGGGGAUCUGGACAACCCAGUCAAGUCCUCACACUUACCCUAGUGCAAUGAGAUUAUUUAUUACCUAAACUGAAGAGUAAGCAGCCAUUUUUAAGAGAAGAGCUCUACUUGCAGCCCUGAUUUUUAUCUCCUCCUUUGUAAUGUCUUUGAGCCAGCCACUAACAAGAACUGCCUAAUAUGAGUGACUGUAGAAGCACAAGUAAUGGCUUUCAUUUCAAAACUUGGGUUUCAUUCUCUCUGAUGUUAAUUUCUGAUACUGGUCACUCAUAUAUGUAAAUCUUGCCCGUGGGCAGUGCUUAGUUUAAGUCUGUGAGUGGCAAAUGUCUAAUGCAAGAGGCUGGUGUUUGGAACCGAAGACAGAAUAUCUUGAAUUGUCUAUUUUAGUAAUUAAAGAAUUUUUAACAAUA